UCUCGUACCACCAAAAAUGCCUUUUGCCCCCCCUCUCUCUCUAUCUUUAUCUUUCUAACUUUCCCCUUAGAGAGACUCGUCUUUGUCUCCAACUAGGGUUUCCUCUCUGAAUACAACAAACAAUUCCGAAUAAUUGCCAAUUCUUCUUGAGGAUUUUUUUCAUUUCCCCUUCUAAUAAAUAAUACCCAAGAGAGAAACAAAGAAGAGAUCGAACCUUUUCAAGAAGAUAUAUAUCAAGGAGAGAACUUUUUUUGUUGCUCCAUUUAAAGAAUCAGGGGAUAUAUACACAAAUAUGUCGAACUACACAAAUUCACCGUGUGCAGCAUGCAAAUUCCUCCGGCGUAAAUGCACAUCAGACUGCGUAUUCGCACCCUAUUUUCCGCCGGAGGAACCUACAAAGUUUGCGAACGUCCACCGGAUAUUCGGGGCAAGUAAUGUGAGCAAGAUCCUUCAAGAAGUGGCUCCACAUCAGCGGGAAGACGCGGUGAACUCGCUGGCUUACGAGGCGGAGGCAAGGCUUAAAGAUCCAGUGUAUGGCUGCGUUGGGGCGAUCUCGGUGCUCCAGAGACAGGUCUUGAGGUUGCAAAGGGAACUAGAGGAGACAAAUGCUGAUCUCAUGAGGUACGCUAGUUGUCUUGGUGGUGAAACGACGUCGGCCUAUGGUGGGCGCAGAGGUUGAAUGGUCAACGGGGGUUGAUAUAUUAAUGAUCAUCACUCUCUGAGAGAAUUAGCGGCGGAGAAGUAUAAAGAGAGAGUGGAUGGUUGAUGUGAUGGAAGUGGUGAGGAUAUCUUCGUAUGUAUGUAUAUGUCUAUGGGGACAUGCAUGCAUGUAUAUAUGUAUGUGUACGUAUGUUUGCAUGUAUAUAAAUUAUGCGUAUGUGUAAUUUUAACUUGUAAUUUUCUUUCAUGGGAGGUCAAGAAAUGUUUUUGAUGAUGUUGAAUAAGCAAUAAGUAUCCCUUUCUCUU